CGCCGGCGUUAAGAUUUACCGAUGCAUCUCCAAAAUUUCCACUCACCACCACGACAUUGAGGCUCAAGCCAGGUCCCGUGUGACAUUACUCCCAAUCAGAGCGUCAAUUGAUACCAAUAGACCAUGGGAGGCAGACAGAUCCGACCCGCAAGGGUCCUACAAACAGUCACGGAAGAGCUCAACCACAACGUCCUCGGCGGCAAAUCCAUCCCCACGCCGCCAUGGUAUAACAUCAUGCAAUCCGUCCCUCCCGCCGAGACACUCGUUCGAACCGUCACCCCCCAACACAGAGCGCCCAACCAAAAAGCUACCAAGCCAAAGAACAUGUACCGACCUCAAAAGAUAUUUUAUGUUGAGGAUAAGCUGCGAAAAACGUUCUAUAAAGAUCAUCCCUGGGAGUUGGCGAGACCUCGUGUUAUUCUUGAGUCGGACGGAAAGGACUACCAGCACUGCGAUUGGAGCAAGGGUUUGAGACAGCCUAAUAUCCCCUUAACGGGUGAAUGUGUUGUUCAACGACAAUUGUGGUUGAUGAAGAACGAGAAGCUCGGAAUGCAAAAGGCAUACGAUAUCACACGCCGCGAAUUCUACCGUCUACGUCAAGAGGAAGAGAUCGAGAGGCGAGUAGCCCUCGAGGAAGCCAAGCACGUAGGUGCUUACUUUGGCAAGUCCCGCAUUGAUGUUUCGCACACUCUCGAGGACCGAGAAUUCGAGAACUGGAAGAUCUGGGCUGGAAAGGAGACGGAGCGGCAAGAGGCGAGUCGCAACUCGGAGAUUGAGGACUUUGGUCUUGAGGACGUGGAGGAGGAUGUCGCAGAAGAUGCAGAGCCUGAGGGAAAGGCCGAGGCUGCUGAGGGCAAGAAAUCACCUUGAUAUAAUAAUAUCAAGGAGGGCGGAUGAUACCCGUCAUGUACACAAACUAUGUAACCUUUAUUGUCUAUGUAUCAAAAAGCAGAAACGCAUAUUCCAAGAGAUACUUGGAUUGGGAUCUCAUCCCAUCAUCUUAUCAUCUGUCGAUGAAACAUCAGGUCGUCGAGCGUUGAAGACCAUCUCUCCACAGUUCUUGAGUCCAUACUUUUCAGCAACUUCUUUGUGCUGUACCAAAACGUCCGCAAUGCCGGUGUAGUAGAGGAGCUUGCCUGUGAGGCUCAAGGUGCUGAUACGUGCCCAGGACUCGAUGUAGAUGAAGUGCAUCGAGUUCUCGGGUAUCUUGCCCAAGAUCUUGAGAAGGUGCACGGCCAGGCCGACAAAGAAGCCAGUCGCGGGUCCGUUGGAGUAGAUACAAGUAGGAUACACGAGCUCGACACCAUCGAUUUUGGGUGGCGGAGUCAACAGAGCCGGGAAUAUGCUGACCAUGCUGAGAAAGGCUGUGUAUGGAGUAGUCAGAAGUGAUUGGUGAACACGGCGCGCACGAGUGACGGUGAAAACGUCGUAUGCUCCUGGGUUGGUGCCCUCAGCAGCACACAGUGUCUUCAGGUCUGCUUCGUAAUCUUCAAGAUGAUCCUCCGACAUGGUAUCACCAGAAGAAAUCAAAU